AUGGCGGCUUCCGUGACCCCCUCCCUCAUUGCUGAGUAUGAGCAUCUCCUCGGCCAGAUGAUGAUCCCCAACACCGAGGUGGUGCGCGCCGCCGGAGCGGAGCUCGAAAAUCGGCUCAAGACCUCGGCAGCUGCGAUUGCUCUCCUCCAAUUGAUCAUCAACCACCCUCAGAUCCAGAUUCGGCACUUGGCGGGCAUCAUUUUGCGCAUGAAGGCCGUCAGUUUGUGGGCCAAGAUGGACGCCGAAGCACAGAAGCUGAUGAAGGACUCCCUCCUGCAAGCUCUCGUCCGCGAGCCGCAAAAGCCGGUGAGGAACGGCAUUGCGGACGUGGUGGGCAUCGUGGCGCGCAUCACUGUGCCGUCCAACGCGUGGCCGGAGCUGCUCGACUUCCUCUUCCAGUGCACCAACAGCCAGAACGUGGAGCACAGGGAAGUGGGCAUGAAGCUGUUUGAUUCCCUCACGGACAACAUCGGCGACAUCCUGCGACCACACACCAAGACCCUCUACAAUAUCUUUGCCAGGGGUCUCACCGACUCGGACAACAACGUUCGAGUUGCUUCCCUCAAGUGCGUUAACGCCUCACCAUCGCCAGACGCCUUUGGUUUCGUACUUCACCUGGUGUUCACUCUAUAUGCUGCACAUCACAGGGCCGUGGGAUCGCUCGUGGAUUGGGUCACCACCGACGAGGAGAUCAAAGCGUUCGGCGACCUGCUGCCGUCGAUGCUCCACAUUCUCAGCCACUGCCUCCAGAACGGACUCUACGACGAAAGCACGUGUGCUUUCGAAAUUUUCAACGAACUCAUCGAAUCGCCUCUGCCCGUCGUGGUGCCGCACAUCGUCACCCUGACGCGGGCCAUGCUCGAGAUUGGCGCCAACCGCAGCAUCGAUCUGUCCGUCAGGGAGAUGGCACUCACUGUUGUCCAGUGGAUCACCUCCUACAAGUCCAAGGCGUUGACACAGAACCAGCUGCUCAUUCCGAGCUUGCAGGUGGCUUUCGCCAUGUGCAACGAGUUCUCCGAGGAGGAAGAGGACGACGACGACGAUGACGACGACGGCAUGUACCUGCCCGCCCACGAGUUCGGCGCGCAGAUGAUCGACCACUUUUCUCUCACACUCUCCGCGAAGAAGAUCUUCCCGCCGUGCAUCGAAUUCGUGAAGCACUUCCUCCAGUCUUCCAAGCCCAACGAGAGGCGGGCUGCCCUCACCGUUCUCACGGUGCUUGCCGAAGGCUGCGCCGACGCGAUGAGCGAGAAUCUGGCGCCGCUCCUCGAGUUCGUGUACCGGGGCUUCUCCGACCCUUCGCAGAAGGUCAGGGAGGCGGCCUGCAUCUGCAUUGGCCAGUUCGCCGCUCAUUUGGUCCCCGACAUCAUCGACUACCACGAGAAGGUGCUGCCGAUGCUGAUCCAGUGCCUGCAGGACACCAACCGCGAGAUCAUUGUCAAGGCCUGCUAUGCGCUUGAGUCCUUCGUCGGUCCGCUGGAUGAGCAGGUGCUGCCGUACCUCGACGCGCUGACGACCCGGCUGCUGGAGCUGCUCGGCUCGGCCGAUAUCGAGGUGCGCGAGAUGGUGCUGCCGGCCCUCUCCGCUCUGGCCGAGGCGGCCGACAGGGCCUUCCUCCCCUACUACCCCAAGACCAUGGAACUGGUCCAGGCCAUGAUGAACCUGGACAAGAACGAGCACCUGAGCUUGCGAUGCCGAGCGACAGAGUGUGCGGGUAUCCUGGCCACUGCGGCCGGCAAGGAAGUGUUCCAACCCGUGGCCGAGCUGUUGGUGCACCUCGCCUGCGAGGGCAUGAAGCUCGAGGAUUGCGAGCUGCGCGAAUACACCCACGGCUUCUUCGCCAACGUGGCCGAGUGCCUGGGCUCCGACUUCAAGAAGUACCUCCCGCUCGCCGUGCCCCUGGCCUCCGCGUCGUGUCUCUCCGACGAGGGCCUCGUCUUCUACAAGGUCUCCCUCCCCCAGCUUCUCUGGUAUUCGUGGAAUGUGGUGCUCAAAACCGGGGUGUACCGCACCUACCUGCAGGAGACGGGCGAGGACAUUGCCGGCAUCACCGAGGACUCGGAGUUCGCGCAGACCAACGUGGGCGCGCCGGAGGCCUACUUCGACGAGAAGUCGUCGGCCACGCGCGCCCUGGGCGAGUUUGCCAAGCACACGGGGGCCGACUUCAUGCCCUACCUCCCGAAGACCAUGGAGGUGCUGGUGGAGAUGUCCAAGUUCGGCUUCACCGAUGUACGCAAGAACGCCAUCGGCAGUCUUACGGAAUUUGUGGAGGCCACGCACAAGGCGUUCCCUCCGGCGCAGCCGAUCCAGAUGGGCGUGUCGGCGUCGCAGCAGCCGCCUCUCCCCGAGCAGACCCGCCACGUGCUCGAGACCACCCUCAAGAUCCUGAUCCACGCGAUGGGCCACGAUGAGGACAAGACGGUCGUGUCGCGCGCUUGCUCGGCCUACGGCGUCGUGGCCAAGCUCGUGGGUCCGCCCGGCAUUGAGUCGACGUUCCCCAAGGCCGCUGCUGCGCUCGAGGCCGUGGUGAAGGGCAGGGCGACCUGCCACAAGGUCGAGCAGGAGGAAUUCGAGGACGAAGAUGUGGCCGAGGAGAGGGAGGUGGCUUUCAUCGAUAACGUGGCCGACUGCCUGAUGGACGUCGCUUCCGUGUAUGGACCCUACUGGGAGCCCUACUUCAAGAAGCUCCUCCCCAGCCUGAUGGACUAUCUCGAGAGGAGCCCGGACUUCACCGUAGUCAUUGUGGGACUCCUGGCGGAGACUUCCAAGGCCCUCAAGCAGGCCGUCAUUCCCUACCUCAAGCAAUUCCUCCAGAUCGCGCUCAAGGCGCUCGGCCACGACGAGGACCAGAUCAAGCGCAAUGCGGCCUACAUGUGCGGCGCGCUGUGCCAGUCGGCCGGUGCCGAGUCCGUGCAGUACUAUCAGGAGAUUCUGCGACGGCUGGUCCCGCUCUUCGCCAGCACUGAGCCCGCGCUGUCGGACAACGCCUGUGGUGCUGCGGCGCGCAUGAUCCUCAAUUCCCCCGAGUCCGUGCCGCUCGAACACGUGCUGCCCCUGAUGUACAAGGCGCUGCCGAUCAAGGUUGAUUUUGAGGAGAGCGAGAAUGUGUACAACAGCAUCUUCUUCCUCUUCAGCACCAACCACAAAGUGAUCGGAGGGGGUCAUCACCGAGGGGGAGAUCAACGUCAUCUUCUCCAACAUCGUCGAGAUUCUCAACCUCAACCAGAUCCUCCUCCAGGACCUGGAGGAACGAAUGAAAACGUGGAACGACAAGACCACCCUCAUCGGCGACGUGCUGUGCAAAUUCGUGCCCUACCUGAAGUCCUACAUCGUCUACGCCCGCAUGAAUGA